CAUACUUCAAUUAGGAAUUUAUAAUGGAUAAUGAGGAUAUCUCAGCAGAUGACGAUUUCAACAAAGUAACAGAUUUGGUAAAAUUCCGUUCUAAAAUUACUAAAUUAAAAAUCGAAAAUGGGAAGUUAAAAAGAAAAUUGGCCGAGUUUAAGCAGAUUGAAAAGAACUGUAACGAUUCUUCAAAAUUUAUUGACGCCUCUUGCCAGACUGACUUUAUAGACAUUAAAUCUAAUUUUCAAGAGCUCAAGAAAGAUUCAAAUAGCAUUGUGGAGAAUUUAAAUACUAGAGCAACCCAAAAAACUACCAUCUCGGCAUCAAAUAUUUCCCAAUGGACUUACGAUCAUCACCGCGGGAUAUACUUUGACUACAACACCCAUCUUUACUAUUACCCCAACACUGAGCUUUUCUACAAUUAUAAGAACGGUUGUUAUUACAAAUACAAUGCGACUUCACAACAAUAUGAAUUUCAACAUCAGCUAGAAGAUUUCAAAAAUUCAAAAAGCGAGAAAAUAUCCAGGAAUAUAGAUUACAGGGAUUCUCUUUGCAAUGCAUUUUCCAAAGUUAGUCUCUCCAAUGGUUCAAUACCCUACAUAAAAAAGAAUGACGGUGUCAGUAUGUCUAGUGGCCCAAUAUUGUAUGUACAAAGUGUGAGUGCCUCUAGUGGUUCGAUAUCUUAUACUCAAAGUAACACUGUCACAGCUAGCACUACUGCCACUAGCUGUAAAGUCCCAUUGUCAAAUGUACGGAAUAACACUAGAACGAGUCUCUCCAGUGGCCCGAUAUCAUACAAACAAAGUUUUACUGGCACAAAAACAUCUAGUGGAUCGAUAUCUUAUGUACAAGGUGGUGUUAGUAGUAGCCCAAUAUCUAAUGGAAUAAGUAAUGAUACUACAGGUUCCUCUAUGCCUAAUACCAGAGGGAAAAAUCCCUCUAGUGUUACAAGGUCUUAUUCACGAAAUAGAGCCAAAUUGAGUUCAAGACCAUGUAUUCGAGCUAUGGUAACAGCAUCGAAAAGUCUAAAACCUGGGACUAUAUUCAUGAUUACUUAUCCUGGAGCCAUUUUGGGAUCGAGCGAAAACUGCGAUAUUCGGAUACCUGAUGAAAAAGUGGAUAAAAAACAUUGCGCUGUGAUGUUCGAUCAAGAAAAAAGGAAAUAUUUUGUCACAGAUUACGGAAGUAACGUAUGGACGACUUUAAAUUCGAUUACCGAAAAUAAUCCUGGUUUAACAACAGUUUUUGCUUCACCAGUAUCACACAAAAGUGUGCUUUUGAUUGGAGAUACGGUACUUGUAUUACACUUGCAUUUGGGCAAUGCUACAUGUCCUGAUUGCGAACCUGGACUAGUUCAAGCUAUCAUUGAAAAGAGCGAGUCAAUAAAUUCGCCUGAAAUUGUCCCAAAAAGGAAUUUAGAAGUAAUAAGACGAUCAGAACUAGAAUUCUUGAAGAAAAAAUUUAAUUUGCCCAAAGAAGGUUAUGUAGAGUCUACUACUGACACAUCUGUGAAAUAUAUUGAUAGAGCUUUGGAAAGGAGACUGACUAAGGGUAGCGAUAAUCCUUAUGAAAAAAAUGAGAUGCCAACUUCUGUUUAUACUGAGUUAGCUGAUAAUAACAAGGGUUUUCAAAUGCUUCAUAAAAUGGGUUGGAGCAAAGGGCAAUGCCUAGGAAAAACCUGUGAAGGAAUAACAGAGCCGAUAACACCGCAAGGUAAUUCCAAAGAAAGACGUGGACUUGGAUUUGGAAAGAUUUGAUAAUACUUUGAAAAUUGAAGAUUGGAAAAUUGAAAUAGGCUUUUCUUGUUCACGCUCGCCACUGGACUGCUGUUUACUCUGUGUGGGUUUGCUGGUUAGAAUCCCAUGUUGGGAUAGUUGUGUGCGAGAGGAUUGCUGGACUUCUCGUCACCGUAGGCUGGUUCACGUAACCGCUGGUCGGUUACGGCUUCCUCCACCAUCAAGUCCAUGCUUCCGAAAACAAAUAACUAAAUAAUCCGACAUGGACUUGUAACCGGACGGGAGUCCGCGGUUCGCCAUAUGAUUAAGUCGUCUUAACGCCUUUCCUCUCCCCCCGGAUAAAUAUGUAAAUCUUAUCCAGGAGAGAGUAAAAUCUAUAGGACGGCCUAAUUAUAUUGCGAACUAUGUCCCUUGUCUGGUUAUCAGUUCAUCUUGGGCAUGGAAAUAGUUAUCCCCUUCAGAUGCAUGGAUGAAUUUAUUAUAUCGUGAAUAGGAUUUACCCUGGGGAAGCGAAAUUGAUGGAACGGCAAACCCGGCCUCUCAUCCAGUUAUCAGUCCAUGUCAGAAAAAGUUAACCAGUCUCAGACUCAUAAGUUUGCUGGAGUACGUUUAUUUACCUACUGUGGUUCACUUAACUAUUGGCUACGGUGUAAUUUAUAUAGCCGAUUGAAAACCCUUCUUGUUAUUGCUUUUAAAAUCAUUACAGUUACAGCGUAUUUAUGCACUAUUAUCUUGUUUUUCAUAUAUGUCUCUUCAUAACAGAUCUGAAUUGCAAUUGCACUUAUUUUGAGUAUAUUUUUUUCUAUUUUAUACAUACCGGUAAUUAUUAUGUUGUUUUACACUUUUGCUCUGAACGGGGCUUACUGAACAAGGCUAGACAAACACUCACAAAUAUAUUGGGUCUUAAUUUUUGUUUUGCAUAAUUGCAAAUAUCUGAGAAAUAUUUUAAGUGUGGUGUUAAACUCUAUGAGGAGACCUACGGUAUAUGACUAUGUUAGUGGUCAUCCUUAACUUUUCUAUUGGUAAUAUUUUCAGUUUUAUUGAGGACUGGACCUAGCUGUGA